CAGGCUUUCCCUCAAACCCAACAGCUUAGUGUUUCGUUGCGAUUUCGGUCAGUUAAUAGAGACCAGCCUUGGCUGUCAAAAUGUUAUCGAACAGAGGCACCAAAUAUGCCCAAAGCCAAGACAUUCCUUGGGGAUUCGCUCCUGGUGGCAGUGAUCGAUACGACAAAGUAUCAAAUCCAAAUGGAGUGAUCUCCUUUUCAAUGGCUGAGAAUAGUCUGGUGCAUCAAGAACUGGAAGACUUUGUCCCCAAAAAUGUCACGAUCCCGGCCGAAGCUUUCGCAUACCGUUACAGCGCUGGAGGUGGCCUACGAUUUCCCAUCGCAAUGGCAAAUCACUUGAAUGAGUACUUCGAUCCUCAUUCUCCAGUGAAUCCAGACGAUAUUCUUACGGCUGCUGGCCUGACAGCAAUCGACGAGAUGAUUGCUUUUGCUCUAGGUGACCCUGGCGAUGCAGUUUUAGUUUCACGACCAAUAUAUGGGAGAUUCGAACUAGACUUUGGGAACACGGCUGGAUUGAAGAUUGUGUAUACUGAUAUGGAAGGUGUUGAUACCUUUGCUCCAGAAAUUGUUGGAAAGUAUCAGAAGGCUUUAGAUGCUUCGAAUGCAAUGGGAGUUAAGAUCAGGUUCCUUAUGAUUGUCAAUCCUCACAAUCCAUUGGCAGGGAGAUGUUACCCCGAGACUACGCUGAAAGAAAUAAUGAAAUUCUGUCAGACGAACGACAUCCACUUGAUCAGCGAUGAAGUCUACGCCCUUUCGGUAUACGAUACUGAGAGCGACUUGCCGAAUUUCACCUCAGCUCUUUCGAUAAACCCAAGUGGGCUCAUAGACAAAGACAAACUGCAUGUCCUCUCUGGAAUGAGCAAAGACUUCGGAUCAGUAGGUCUGCGUGUGGGUAGUCUAAUCACCCAGAACGCUGAGCUUAAAAAAGCUGUCUCGGCAAAUAUGAGGUUCCACAAUCCCUCUGGAAUGGCGAUAGCUGUAAGUACAGCGAUUUUGGAAAACCGCAAAUUCGUAGCUUCGUUUCUGGAACUUGCGAGACAGAGAUUGAGGGAGAGUCGAGCAUAUACGGCUGAGGUGCUUGACAAAGCAGGGAUCAAGUACGAACCUGGGAAUGCUGGGUUCUUCCUCUAUAUUGACUUGAGCCUUUACUUACCGGAUCUCAAGUCAACUGGUCCAGAUGCUGAGCGUGGGAAGGAGUUUGCACUUGCGCAGAAACUACUCGAUGGUGGAGUUGGUCUGCAUCCUUGUGAGGAACAGAAUGACAAAGCAGGACAUUUCCGUCUGGUGUUCAGUAGUUUCGACAGAGAUACUUUAGCUGAAGGUUUGAGAAGGCUCCUUUCUGUGUUGGAGAUUAGGAUCAGUUAGAUAUAUGUGGUCAAGUGCCCAGCUUCAAAGAUGGCGCUAAUGCGCGCCCUGCGAGAUCCGCGCUCCCAGCGCAAUUUGCGGAGUAGGUACUACAUAACACCUUGAAUAUUCCUCUACUUGACAAGGAUUCUCUCAUUCUCCUAGUAGAGAUACUAGAAUGUCUGUAUUCCCUAAAAGAC